UCUUGUUUUGCUUUGUUAUAUAAUAUUUAUAUAUUUAUUUAACAUAAUUACUUUGUUAUUCAUUCUCACUUUUCUUCAUUUAUACAUACACAUUAUAUCUAUAUAUAUAUACGCAUACACAUAUAAAUAUAUAUAUAUAUUAUUUUACACAAACACAAAUUACCUACAACCUUUUUCACCAUGCCUCAAGACGAUAAUUCUACUCUGUCUAUUGUGGAUUCUUCUGGACGACAAGUUAGUAUACUCAACCACCAUCAAGAAAUGCCUCCACAGGAAGAUACGAUAAUGGAUGAUACAACGACAAUAUCAACAACAAGAAGAAAAUAUAUCUGUAAUGAACCUGGAUGUUUUAAAAGCUUUACUACAAGUGGACAUCUUGCUCGUCAUCAUAGAAUUCAUACUGGUGAAAAGAAUUUCCCUUGUUUGUUUCCUGGUUGCCAAUCUCGAUUUUCUCGUCAAGACAAUAUGAUGCAACAUUAUCGAACUCACAUGUCGCCCAAAUCAAGAAGAACAAAGAAACACCCUGAUAAUAGAUCCCAACCAAAACUUCAUGCUCACCAUAGGAUCCUUUCUGAUUCCACUGCUCCUUUGACUAUUGAUCAACAUCUUCGCAAUUAUCACCAAUCUAGACUUUAUCAUCAACAUCACCAACAUAUGUCUCACGCUUCACCAUCUUCAUCAGUUGGUCAUUCCCCCAAUAUAUCUUCUCCAUCAACUCCAUCUUCUCCUCCUCCUAUGUUACCCUCUCUACUAGAUACUCGCUCUUCUUUGGAAAAUACGUCUUCAAUUGUUUCUCCUCUUAUACAGUCUCAUACACCUUCUCGUUCAUCAACAGGUGUUGUUUAUCAAUCGACAAAUAUUAGAAACAACGGUCCAACUACUACUACUACUACUACUACUACCACUACUACACCAGUCCUACCGCCACCAGCAUCAUCAUCAUCUUCUUCUUCUUCAUCAUCAUCAUCAUUAUUAUUGCCAUUAUUACCACCACCUUUGAGAUCAUCAAUGUCUUCAUCAACAUCAUCAUCAUCGUCAUCUUUGUCAUCAAUAUCUACUUCAACAGAAAGAAGAACAUUCAAUUUACCGGUACCUACAACUUUACCUUCACCAUCAACAACAACUUUUCAAUCAUCCUCUUCAAAUGACUAUCAGUCAGGACAUCAGCAUCAUCGUCCUUUUCAUCACAUCAAUUCAGCUUCAACAGAUAUCUUUUACCAACAUCGUCCUUUGAUAUACACAGAAUGUCCGAACACUAACCCCACAACAUUAUUGAAUCCUACACCUAUCAACAAGAAUAGCUCUUCCAAAUUACCUUUAUCAUCUUCUACUCAACAAAACGAAGGUGACACUUCAUCAUCGUCAUCAUCAUCGUCAUCAUCCUCACCAUCAUCAAACAGUUUGAUUCAAUUGGCCAAUAUUGUUAGUUCCUUUGGAUGACGGAAAAAAAAAGGUUUGUUUCGUUCAGUGUAUCACCUCUUUACCUUUCUUCUUCUU